ACCAAGUACUUACCUCUAACUUCCUGAAUCAGGGAGUCCACUCAUUCCAGGAUAACCCAAGCUAGCGCGUGCCACUGUACGUAACCGUCGGCGCAACAGGAAGGAGCCAGCUGUGGCCUGCAUUUGCACAAACGACAUCGCUGUCAUGUCACGCAGAUUUAGUACCUACCUCCAAGUACGGCGAAUGGCGGCACACCACACCAAGGAAACAUCUUCCCUGACGCAGUUAACACUGACUCGCUGGCUUUCCCAAAACAUCAAGAUGACUGAUUGAUCCGGUUCCAGUUUUAUAUGCUCCGCUCGUUGGCCGCUGGCAAAUCUGUGAACUCCAAAGAAAGCAUCACGCAGCUGGGAAAUCCUGCCCUCCUCCAUUGCCGAAGCAUAAUUUCCUGACACCUCAGAUGGACACCAAGGACGGUGGCAAGAUGCACGUCGUCAUGCUGCCAUGGCUGGCCUUCGGCCACGUGCUCCCGUUCACGGAGUUCGCCAAGCGAGUGGCCCGGCAGGGUCACCGGGUCACCUUCCUCUCCACGCCGAGGAACACCCGCCGCCUCAUCGACAUCCCGCCGGGCCUCGCCGGCCUCAUCCGCGUCGUGGACGUCCAGCUGCCGCGCGUCGAGCACCUGCCGGAGCACGCCGAGGCGACCAUCGACCUCCCCUCCGACGACCUCCGCCCGUACCUGCGCCGCGCCUACGACGCCGCCUUCCAGCGCGAGCUCUCGCUGUUGCUCCAGGAGGCGAAGCCGGACUGGGUCCUCGUCGACUACGCGUCGUACUGGGCGCCGGCGGCCGCGGCGAGGCACGGCGUGCCGUGCGCGUUCCUCAGCCUAUUCGGCGCCGCGGCGCUCAGCUUCUUCGGGACUCCGGAGGCGCUCCUCGGCCUCGGGAGGCACGCCAAGACGGAGCCGGCGCACUUCACCGUCGUCCCCGAGUACGUCCCGUUCCCGACCACCGUCGCAUUCCGCGGCUACGAGGCGCGCGGGAUGUUCAAGCCAAGGAUGGUCCCGGUUGACUCCGGCGUGUCGGAGGACUACCGGUACGCCAAGACCAUCCAAGGGUGCCGGCUCGUGGGCAUCAGGAGCAGCACGGAGUUUGAGCCUGAGUGGCUGCAGCUGCUCGGCGAGCUCUACGAGAAGCCGGUGAUCCCGGUCGGCCUGUUCCCUCCGGCGCCGCAGCAAGACGUGGCCGGCCACGAGGCGACGCUGCGCUGGCUAGACGUACAGGCUCCGAGCUCCGUCGUGUACGCGGCCUUCGGCAGCGAGGUGAAGCUGACGAGCACGCAGCUGCAACGGAUCGCUCUCGGCCUGCAGGCGUCCGGGCUGCCCUUCAUCUGGGCAUUCAGGGCGCCGACCGACGCCGUCUCCGGCGGCCUGCCCGAGGGCUUCGAGGAGCGAGUCGCCGGCCGGGGAGUCGUGUGCCGAGGCUGGGUGCCCCAGGUGAGAUUCCUGGCCCAUGCAUCAGUCGGGGGGUUCCUUACGCACGCCGGCUGGAACUCCAUCACCGAGGGCCUGGCGCAGGGCGUGAGGCUGGUGCUGCUGCCGCUGGUGUUCGAGCAGGGCCUCAACGCAAGGAACCUGGUGGACAAGAAGAUCAGCAUGGAGGUGGCGCGGGACGAGCAGGACGGGUCGUUUGCCGCCGACGACAUCGCGGCGGCUCUGAGGAGGGUCAUGGUGGAAGGCGAAGGGGAGCAGUUCGGGGCCAAGGUGAAGGAGCUCGUUAAAGUGUUUGGGGACGACGAGGUGAAUGAUACGUGUGUGCGAGAUUUUCUCCGGCACCUGUCGGAGCACAGCAAAAAGAACCAAGGAUAGGACCAAACUUCAGAUAUCACCAUAUCUUUCAGUCUUUGUUUGGUAGAAGUGGAUUUGAGAGGUUUGGAGAGGAGGGGAUUCGGUGAAUCCCCUUUUUGACUCAAUCCCCUCAAAUCCACUUGAAACCCACAAACCCCUCCAAUCACAAUCCUCUCCAUACGAAACAAUUGUUUGGUAGGCAGGGAUUGCAAUAUUGUGCAAACAUCUAAAAAUGCAA